AUGGGAAACUGUUGCGGAACGACGUCGUCCUCUUCAGUUGAUCACUGGGGUGGCGAGGAUUGGAGUUUUCUGACAUCGAGCAAGAAUAGCAGGAACAGAAGCUCAACGAAGGUGUUUGAUGAAUUGAAGUUGAUGAACAAUAAAGAGGACAAGCUUCUUGUGGGAGAUUCAAAUGCUUCUUCUUCUUCUAAUGGGAAGAUUAAGAUAAAGAUUUCGAAGAAGGAGCUUCAAGUUUUACUGGGAGAAUUAGAGAAGCAGAAUAAGAAUAAGAAGAAGAAUACUAAUAAUUCUGCAGAACAAGUUCUGGUUCGUUUAAUGGAGGCCAGAGAUCAGCAUCAUCAUCUUCAUCCUGCUGGCCACAACUGGAGCCCUGCGUUAGAGAGUAUUCCUGAAGUUAACUGA